AUGGUUGAGGGUGAAGUGCCUAUAGCUGAGACUGCCCCGGUCCAGUUUAAGCAAGAGCAGGCACCGCCCGACCCGAAAGGUUUACAGAAAAGUAGUGCAGCAGCAGCAUCGCGCAAAUUGAACAGACAGCCCAUUAAAAAUCUCAAAGUGCGGACAGCAUCCGUGAAUGACGGGAGGGUAGUUCUACCUAAGGAAAGACUCUGCGACAAAUACAAAGUAUUUGGAAAGCUCAAACAAUCAGCUUCGAGCCAUUUUCUAUGCAUCCAGAACGACAAUUGCGGAGCUCUUUUCAUGGUUAAAAAGACAAACUGGACGGAAGUGGAUAUACUGAAGUCCCUGAAGCACUCUAGUAUAAUUCAACCUCGCGAAGCCUUCCAAGAGGAGAAUACAAUCUAUCUCAGCUUGGAUUUUCACCGCGUAACGCUCAAGGAAGCGCUGACAACCCCGGCACCGAUUACAGCAUCUCAUAUUUACUCCACAAUCAACUUUUUAGUUGAAAAUGGCAUCGUCCAUAAUCGGAUCGAUGCGGCGGCGAUUCGCAUUUGCGGCAAAACAGGUAGAAUUAUUCUCUGUGACUUUCAAAUGGCAACGCGCCCUCGGAGCCAGAGAUUUCCUGCCAAGGACUUUGAGAGCCUUGGUAUGGUAUUGCUGGAGAUGAUGAGUGAGCCGAGGCCACGUCAGUACGACCUUGAGCUCGCGCGUAGCCUCCAAAAGAAGCUCUAUGGUGUUGAUCGUCCGGAAUGUUGGAGUCAUUGCAAUGAGCUGAUCGAAUUUCUCGAGGCUUUGAUCACAUAUAAGGACGUCGAGCGAAUUCGCAGACGAGAGCACCCCUAUCUCAGAAUAACGGAUGCGGAAGGAGGGAGCUUUGAAGCCCAUGUUGCGCUUGUUCCGUUUUCAUGUUUUUCGUUAUGGUACGCACAGAAAGACGGUCAUACCUAG